GGGACGAGGUUUCGUGAGUGGAUGGGAACGAGAAAGAAAUGGGACUUUAACUUCCUGGCCACAAGACAGACUGCUAUGGUGUGGGGGCAGGCAGUGAUAAGGCAGUGGGGGAGCGCUAGGAGGGAAGAAUUACUUUCAGGGACACGAAAGAAUUUUCGGGAAGAAGACAUUUGUUGGUGGGCGUUCUGGAAGACUACCCGCCCCCCGGAACCUGGCGUCUUCCGUACUUGGUCCUCCCCGGCGGAGGCACGCUCCCCCCCCCGACCCCCCCUUGCGCCUGCGCGCGGCCGCGCCCUUGCUCUUAAUCCCGCCUCUUCCGGCCACCUCUACGGGUGGGGUGCUGGGGGUGUGGUGGCCCUGGCAAGAUGGCGGCUCCCGAGAAGAUGAUGUUUCCGGAGAAACCAAGCCACAAAAAGUACAGGGCUGCCCUGAAAAAGGCGAAACGAAAGAAACGACGGCAGGAACUGGCUCGAUUGAGAGACUCAGGACUCUUACAGAAGGAGGAAGAGGAUGCUUUUAUUGAAGAACAACGCCUAGAAGAAGAGAAGCUGUUGGAGAUAGAGAGGCAAAAAUUACAUGAAGCGUGGUUGCUUCGGGAGCAGAAGGCACAAGAAGAAUUCAGAAGAAAGAAGGAAAAGGAAGAGGCGGCUAGAAAACGGCAGGAAGAACAAGAGAGAAAGUUAAAGGAAGAGUGGGAAGAGCAGCAGAGAAGAGAGAGAGAAGAGGAGGAGCAGAAGCUGCAGGAGAAGAGAGAAAGAGAGGAAGCUGUGCAGAAGAUGCUGGAGCAGGCUGAAAAUGAGUUGGAAAAUGGUGCCACAUGGCAAAACCCAGAACCACCCAUCGACUUAAGGAUAAUGGAGAAAGAUCGAGCUAAUUGUCCAUUCUACAGUAAAACAGGAGCAUGCAGAUUUGGAGAUAGGUGUUCACGUAAACACAAUUUCCCAUCUUCGAGCCCCACACUUCUUAUUAAAAGCAUGUUUACAACGUUUGGGAUGGAGCAGUGCAGAAGGGAUGACUAUGACCCAGACGCGAGCCUAGAGUACAGUGAAGAGGAAACCUACCAGCAGUUCCUGGACUUCUAUGAUGACGUGCUUCCGGAGUUCAAGAACGUGGGGAAAGUGAUCCAGUUCAAGGUCAGCUGCAACUUGGAACCUCAUCUGAGGGGCAAUGUGUAUGUUCAGUAUCAAUCGGAAGAAGAAUGCCAGGCAGCCCUCUCUCUGUUUAACGGACGAUGGUAUGCAGGACGGCAGCUUCAGUGCGAAUUCUGUCCAGUGACCCGAUGGAAAAUGGCAAUUUGUGGUUUAUUUGAAAUACACCAGUGCCCAAGAGGAAAACACUGCAACUUUCUUCAUGUGUUCAGAAAUCCCAACAAUGAGUUUUGGGAAGCUAACAGAGACAUCUACCUGUCUCCCGAUCGGACCGGCUCAUCCUUUGGGAAGGGCUCGGAGAGGAGAGAGAGGACGGGUCACCACGAUGAGUACUAUGGGAGGCCACGGCGGCGAAGAAGCCCCAGCCCGGUCCACUCCUACAAGAGAAACGGGGAAGCCGAGAGGAAGAGGAGGAGCAGCCACCGGGGGAAGAAGUCUCACAAACACCUGUCGAGGAGCCGCGACGGGCCCAGUUCACGGAGCCGAGGCAGGAAGAGGGGCCGCAGCCGUGGCCGGGGCAGCCGGAGCCAGAGCUCCUCUAGGUCCAGGAGUCGAGGCAGGAGGAGGUCAGGCAGCAGAGACUGAACGAUUCAGGGUCCCAAAUGCAAAUAAACUUACUUUAUUCGUAACUGAUUGUACACCGUCCGCCAGAACCCCACUUCAGGAUACUUUUCUUCUCUGAUAAUCAGUGUGUUUAGAAUAGAAAGCCUAGGCAAUAUCAAAUACACAGAAACCGUGAAAAUCCCCUGUAAUCCUAACCUUUAGCAAUAAAGUUCACACUGGAGCAUU